AUGAACUUCAAUCCCAAUUUUGAAGCUAUUGGGAAUGCAUUUGUCCAACACUACUAUUCUAAGUUUGAUGUUACCGAUACGAACAUAAGAACGACAGGCUUAAGUGACCUUUACGAUCCUGAAAAUUCCUAUAUGACCUUUGAAGGUGUUCAGUCCAGGGGUCGUGAUGCCAUUUUGCAGAGAUUUGCGACUCUCACGUUUAAGACUAUUCAGAGGGCAAUAACAAAGAUAGAUUGUCAACCAUUGCCUGAUGGAUCUAUACUGGUUGCUGUUAUUGGCCAGCUUAAGACUGAUGAAGACCCGAUUCAGUCGUACAGUCAGUUCUUUAUUCUUCGUCCCGCCGCAAGUUCAUUUUUCAUAUCUAAUGAAAUUUUUCGUCUUGUGCUACACGACCACUAA